AACUCGAGCUUAUUCGAUUCCAAUAAUAUCUUGAAGAUUUCUUCUGUAUUGUUUAUAAUGAUGUAAUUAGUGACCAAUAAUAAAUUGCAUAUUUAUAGAAUAUAUGUGUGAAUGAAUACUGAAUUUUUUUACCCGUUACAACAAGUAAGAAUAUACACAAACUCUUCAUAUAUAAAUGGGAGAAUAUAAUACACACGAAGAAGGAAGUGAAAUAAAACUUGACAGUAAAUAUGGACUUCAUAUAUUAUUUGUGUGAUCUGGUUACACCACACUAGUUUAAAGGAAUCAGAAUGUCUAAAGGAGAAACGAUCAGAAACCACACUGUUUCUAAAACCUUAUCUGUCCCACUUAGAUUUAUAGGGGCUCAAGAGUUAAUGAGCACAGCUCCCAAUGCAUACAGUGGUUUCUUAGCAAAACGUGGCAGAAGAGAACGUUUAGUAGAGCGGUUUAAUCUGCCUAACAAAGCUAUUUUUAAUGAUAUCAAAAAAUGGAGAAAGCGGUUUAUAAUUAUAUCACAAGGUUGUGUUUAUAUAUAUGAUAAAGAAAUUUCCAGUAGACCACAUCAAUCCUUUCCGUUAUAUGGAUACAACAGAAUUUCAAAGAUGGGGUCCGACCAUGAUGCGUUCACCUUCAGGUUAGAAGGUAAAAAUGGGGGCGGUUUUAAAAUAUAUUAUUUUUCUACAGCAACAGAUGAAGAAAGAAAGGUAGAUUUACAUAAUUAUUAA